AUGGGCAGUGACUGGGACGCCUCCUCCUCCGAAGAGGACACGAAGAAGCCUCUCCCUCCCCCCGUACCAGCAGUCAAGAAAGGCCGGUUCGCAGACGAAGACGCCGAUGACGAGGUCAAGGACGACUGGGAUGUCAGCGACGAGGAGGACAAGCCGAAGCCCCAGGUUGUGGUUGGGUCGCUGAGGAACAAGGGCGCUACGAAGCAGAAGAUUGCGCAGAAGGAGGCGGAGGAGCGGAAGAAGGCUGAGGAGGCGGAGCGAUUGGCCCGCGAAAACGACCCGGCUGCGUUGCGAGCAAAGGCACGGGCGGCGCAACUGCGGUCCGACAUGGACAGCGCGGCGUCUCUCUUUGGCGAGGCGAGCUUGAACGACAACCCGCUCGAGAUGAACUGCCGGACAAAGGAGGACUUUUCGGCUCUCGCCGUCGCCCUGUCCGAUUCUCUGAUCCAGAAGCACGCCGGCUCGAAGCUGUUCGGCAAUUUUGUCGACGAGCUCGCCCGCCUGCUCGCCGCGCCGCUCAAGUCGGACGAGGUGGGCAAGGUGCGCGCGAGUAUGGCCAACCUCGCGAUGGACAAGCAGAAGCUCGAGAAGGCUGGCGCGAAGGGCGGCGCAGUCGGUGGGAAGCCCCCUGCGAGGAUGGUCGCGAGGGGCAGGGAGGACUUGUCGUCGUUCGGAGAGGUGCUCGACGACGAUGUCGCCGCGGCCCAGUUCGACGAGGACGAGGAUUUCAUGUAG